CUUCUAUCACCUCAGUGUAAAGAUGAAGGGUUAAUUUGGGUGAUUAGGAGUUGGGGACUGAAGAGGGUGUUGUGCUGUCCUAGGGCCUUACUGUGAUCUCAAGGUGGAAUCUUUUUUUAAUCCAACAAUGUGCCUACUUAAAGGAUGCACCAAUCAAACCUGCUCCUGGUCAAGAAGGAAACUGUAAUGUGAAUAAAGGAACCAAAGAAACAGAAGAAACAGAGCAGCAAUGAAGAGGUGAAUGAGAAGAAUCCGAAGGAAACAACCAAGGAGUCCUGAACAACUGAACAAGAGAAAAGAGAGUAAGGCGAAAAAGCACCACCAGUCCCCCACCACCCCCCCAGAGAGAGACGAAGGAGAAGAGGAGACAGAGGCGGGAGGAGAUACAGGGGAAAAAAGGAAUCAUUUGAAAGGAAACAUUUUAAUCUUGGAAUUAGGAGCACAGGCAUCGCAGAAACUGCAAAAAGGGAUCCACAUUAUCACAGUCAGGAUGCCUACUAAUGGUAGCAACCGUCCGCUCAAACUGCAGUUUGGUCUGAUCAACCAUGAGCAUCGCUACCUCACUGCAGAGGCCUUUGGCUUUAAGGUGAAUGCGUCCGCCCCCAGUCUGAAGAGGAAGCAGGUGUGGACGUUAGAGCAAGACUCUCAAGAAUCUCAGGUGGUCUACUUGCGAAGCCACCUGGGUCGCUACCUGGCCACCGACAAAGACGGCAAGGUCACCUGCGAGACAGAGGACCGGAACACAGACUGCCGGUUCUUGAUCGCUGCUCAAUCCGAUGGCCGUUGGGCUUUGCAGUCGGAACCCUACCUGAGAUUUUUCGGAGGUUCCCGGGACUACCUUUCCUGCUUCGCCCAGGUGAUCACAGAGGCGGAGCUGUGGGCGGUACACCUGGCACUCCACCCACAGGCCAACCUGCUCAGCGUGGCCCGCAAACGCUACGCCCACCUGUCGCCAGAUGACGGCGAAAUCGCCGUGGACCGGAACAUCCCAUGGGGCGUGGCGGCACUCCUGACACUCGUCUACCUGGACGGGAAGUACCGCCUGAAGACCUGCGACAGCCGUUACCUAGGCAACGAUGGGAAGCUGUCAGCCGAGAGUGGGCGGGGAACUGGCUACACGUUGGAGCUGAAGUGUGGGAAGCUGGCGUUUAAGGACUGUGAGGGGAAAUAUCUGAGUCCCAUGGGUCCCACAGGGACACUGAGAUCUGGCAGGUGCAGCAAGCCAGGGAAGGAUGAGCUGUUUGACCUGGAGGAGAGUCACCCUCAGGUGGUACUGAUCGCCGCCAACGGGAAAUAUGUGUCCAUUCGACAAGGAGUCAGCAUCUCAGCCAACCAGGAAGAAGAAACAGACCUGGAGACGUUUCAGAUGGAGAUUGACAAGGAAAGCAGGAAAUGUCUGUUCAGGACUAAUGAGGGGAAAUACUGGGCCCUGGUGGCACAUGGUGGCAUCCAGACUACAGCCACUGAGAGGUCAGCCAACAGCAUGUUUGUGGUGGAGUGGAUGGGCCGCAGGGUGGCACUGCGAGCCAGUAACGGGAAAUACAUCUGCACCAAGAAGAACGGCCAACUGGCAGCUGUCAGCGACUCUGUAGGUGAGGAUGAGAAGCUGGUUCUGAAGCUGAUAAACCGCCCCAUGCUGAUCCUGAGGGGAGAGGUUGGCUUCAUCUGCCACCAUAAGAACUCCAACACACUGGACGCCAACAGAUCAGUCUAUGACAUUUUCACACUGCACUUCAGCGAUGGGGCUUACCACAUACAAGGUGUGGGAGGAAGGUUCUGGUAUGUGAACAGCAGUGGCCUGGUGUGUUCAGACGGCGAGACACCGGAGGACUUUUCCUUUGAGUUCCUGGAGCACGGACGCAUUGCCAUCCGAGGCAAGAACGGCAAAUACCUGCGAGGCCAGGGGGGCAUGCUGAAGGGCGAUGGGGUCACCCCGGAAAACUCUUCACUCUGGGAGUACUGAUCCAGGACAUCAGACCACUCUUUUGUCAUGCUGAAGGCAGAUGUUACCCCUAACCACAGACCUGGGAUCCCAUUGGGACAGAUCUCCCUGAUCCCAUAUUCUAUGACUAAUGAGUAGAUUGGUAGUAUCUGACCUUGGAUCUGUGGUUCGUGGCUCCUGGACUGUCCUAUGGGACUUUUUCUGCCACGCCUCGCAUCCUUCAAUCUACACAUGACAGACCAGAGACACAGGGGCACGCAGAGGAAAUGGACUCAUUUUAUUGGGAAAGAAAGGGAAGCAGAGACCACGAUUUCAGCUAAGAAUAGCCCGAGCAGAAGAAAUUAAUAGUGUUUAGUGAGUCUAUGCGUUAUAGACUUAUGAAAAUGUUAACGUUGUUGUCGUUUUUUUUAAACCAACAUGUUGCUAGUAAAAGUCAAGAUUCUAUCAUACUUACCCAUAAUUCACUUUUGCUUGGGUUUCAUAUUAGAUUUCCCAACUGUGUUUUUACUGGAACACUGCUAUUCAUAGCACAGCAGAAAAACAACUACUACUAUUAUUAUCCCCACAGAGGAGACAUGGCUUGAGUUUCCCUUUAGAGGUUUCUAUAGGUCCUCUGUAACUCAGUUGGUAGGGCACAGAGCCAGCAAAAAACAUUAUUUUCGUAUCAAGGUUUGCUGUUAAUUCCAUUCCAAUUCCACUUAAUUUCUUUCAUCAUUGAUUGACUGGAAUUGAAAUGAACUGACCCUGAUUAUACGAUAAUUAGGCUACCAAUACAGUCGACAAAUGCUACUGCUAGAAAUACAGAGCCACUCUGGUGUGAUACCAAGGGGCCUUACACCAAUCGAUUGACAGACCCUCUCUUAGCUCCUCUUUUCUUUCACCUCUAUGUAUAACGCUCUCUCCUCUGUGUUUAUACAGUUGUUCUUUAAUCCCCAAUCUUCCCUGUUGUUUUGCCUAGUCUUACUUUUGGGAGUGAAGUUCAGCUGAAGCACACGUUCACAAGCAUGACCAACGGCUGCAUAUGAAACGAGACCAGCGUGUAGGGCCGUUGGACCCCCUUGGACGUCCGCCACACAACAAUACGUAGAACCGAUCUAUGUAGGAAAAUAAGAGUGUGACGGUUGUCCUGGGAGAAUUGGACAGGAUUUUUUCAGCAACCCAACUGACCGUACAAUAACAGGUCAGUGUGAACCCGAGUUAUCCUGGAAGGAGUACAGAACUGUAUGAUUAUGGAUAUUUAAUAAUUUUUUACUGUUGUGGUUUUAUCCCUUUCUACUCUAUAUUUGCUCUUCAUCAAAAGCUUAUAAAAACAAUAAAUAAAAAUGAUCUUCGCAUGUG